AUGGGUGAGUCCACGGUCGCUGAUAGCAAGGCGAAAUCAGCGUCCGUUAGUUGGGCCAAAGUGGUAGCAAGGAAUAUUCUGGACACUUCCCCUCUGAGUAGGACACUAUCCAUGCUUAGAAGGCAGCGAGCGCCCAGGAAAAGACUCGGUGAGGAUUUUGGGUUUACCCUCAAAGACAUAACGAAGUCUGUGGGGGGUGUAGCUUUGUCGUUCGAAGCCUGGUCGCCCGGGACCCGCAAAUAUGGUAUCAAAAAACAUAAUAGCUCCUCGGGCCUUACGUCCGAGGAUCCAUUCCAAGUAAUAGAGAAUAGUUGUAUGAAGGCGGAGGUGGACACCGUCACAGUGUGGUACACUGACGCCUGCAGUGUUAGUGUAAAAUGGGGAGAGUUGGCGACGCGCACCCAAACCUCGGUGAUAAUAGCUAUCAUUGAAACUUGGAUGCGAUAUGAGCAAGAUGUAGAGAAGCCCAGAGACUACUCGGCUUGUAGGCAAGAUAGAAUGGACGGCAGACAAGGCGAAGGAGUACUCCUGCUGGUCAAAGCCGCUUUCACUCAACGAGACUCGCCAGUAAAACUGGCAACACCUAAUAUUCAAGCCAAGGCGUGUAGUAUCCUCUUGGGAAGACGACCGUUGGGAGUGCUACUAGUCUAUCGCGCACCCCAGGCGGAACCCAAAGAAGAUAUGGAACUACUUGCUACAAUGCAGGAAUUCAUAUCGAAGACCCAAAGGAUUUUAAUUCUGGGAGAUUUAAAUCUUCCGGAGAUCUGUUGGGUAGAAGCAGAGGCUCCCGUUAGGACAAAGGGAGAAAGCUUUCUAACAUGGCUACAUGAGCGUGCGCUCAUUCAGCAUAUCAUGCAGACCACGAGGUUUCGCAACCAACAGAGGGCCUCCGUCCUGGACUUAGUUAUAACGCGAUAUUUAUCGGAAAUAAGUGAGGAAGCAGUGGAGAAUCCACUGUGUAAGAGUGACCCUGGGGUACUGAGAUUAGCAUUACCCAUGAAACACAGCAAACCGGCUGCCCCACCUAAACGGUGCUAUAGACGUAUAAACGUUGCUGCCCUACAAGAGGCCGCAGAACACGUAGAUUGGGUGCCACUAUCUCCCGGGCCAACGUUGGAAGAGCGAUGGUCUGUCACUCAGGUAGAGCUGCUUAGACUGACCGAUGGGUAUGCACCAUUCAAACCUAGGAGCAACAGGCAAGUCACAGCUAGAUCGGGGACUAGUAGUCCGGAGGAGAUGUUGGGCCCGUUUUAG